UCCCGCCCCUGGCUGGUGUUCUGCACCUCCCCGCGGCCCGGCCCCGAGUCCCAAUCCCUGCUCUCCAGCCCGGCCCCUGCCCCGCCCCGGCCCAGCCCGGCCCGGCCGCCAUGGAGAGCUGGCCCUGGCCGUCGGGCGGCGCCUGGCUGCUUGUGGCGGCCCGUGCGCUGCUGCAGCUGCUGCGCGCGGACCUGCGUCUGGGCCGCCCGCUGCUGGCGGCGCUGGCGCUGCUGGCCGCGCUCGACUGGCUGUGCCAGCGCCUGCUGCCCCCGCUGGCCGCACUUGCCGUGUUGGCCGCCACCGGCUGGAUCGUGUUGUCCCGCCUGGCGCGCCCGCAGCGCCUGCCCGUGGCGACUCGCGCGGUGCUCAUCACCGGCUGUGACUCUGGUUUUGGCAAGGCGACGGCCAAGAAGCUGGACGUGCUGGGCUUCACAGUGCUGGCCACCGUGUUGGAUUUGAAUAGCCCUGGUGCCCUAGAGCUGCGUGCCUGCUGUUCUCCUCGUUUAAAGCUGCUACAGAUGGACCUGACCAAGCCAGCGGACAUUAGCCGCGUGCUGGAGUUCACCAAGGCCCACACCGCCAGCACUGGUCUGUGGGGCUUGGUCAACAAUGCGGGUCAGAACAUCCUCGUGGCAGAUGCGGAGCUGUCUCCAGUGUCCACAUUCCGCAGCUGCAUGGAGGUGAACUUCUUCGGUACACUCGAGAUGACCAAGGGCCUCUUGCCACUGCUGCGCCAUUCGAGCGGUCGCAUCGUGACUGUGAGCAGCCCGGCAGGAGACAUGCCAUUUCCGUGCUUGGCUGCCUAUGGGACCUCCAAAGCGGCUGUCGCGUUGCUCAUGGACACGUUCAGUUGUGAACUUCUGCCCUGGGGUGUCAAGGUCAGCGUCAUCCAGCCUGCCUGCUUCAAGACAGAGGCAGUGAAAGACAUGGACCAGUGGGAAGAGCGCAAGCGGCAGCUGCUGGCCAACCUGCCCCGAGAGCUGCUGCAGGCCUACGGUAGUUCCCAGGCAUCACGCAGCAGGAACCAAACUGUACUGUCAGCCCAGCUCCUCCUGAGGGAUGGUUAUUGCCGGCACAGAUGUCAGCCCUGCGAUGUGAUGGCUGGACACACAGGCUGCCGGUGGGAACAAGCACUUCCUGCCCAGGCAAAUUGGAUCUGCUGGGCAUGAGGAGAAGCCAGGUCAGCCCAGGCCUCAGGUCCCUCCCACGACUAACUCCUGAAACUAGCUAGGCCCAGGCAGGCUUCCUUCCCUGAACCUCUCCAUGUCAAGGAAAGGGGGACAGUCUCAUGGCCCCCUGGGGAGCUCCCUCUACUCAGGUGCUCUGGGGUCCCACUUGGUGGCAUGGCCACAAGAACUCCAGCUCUACAGGCUAGAGACUAUUCUUCUGAGCUGGGGGGUGAGGGCUGGGAGGCAGGGAAAGCUUUCUGUGCCGAGGUCUGCCCUCGAAGGAGCAGAGAACAUUCCACCCACCACCUGCUGAUGUGGGCCACAGGUUCUACUGACCCAAGAGAGGAGGUGAGAUGACACCCAGGAGUCCACGAGCCCAGGCUGAGCCUGGCCAGCAGCACUGGGCAAGCUGGGCUCAGGGGAAGGCCUGAGGUGACCACUGGGGUCACAGGAAACAAAAGUCUAGAACAGGUCAGGGGGAAAGAAGCCUGGAAAGGGAGAGUGGACCCCAGCAUAGCAGAGGGCUCGCGUGGUAGCCGCCAAUCCUACCGUGGAUUAGUGGCACUGUUUAGUCCCUCUGGGACUAUCCCCAGCCACCCCUUUCCCCGUGGCCAGCCAAGCUGGGUGUGUCCAAAUCUCCAGGCCUGCCCCAGUGGGGCCUGCAGUUCCUAUCCGUGGGGGAAGCCACCAGCCUUUGCCGAGCUGGACUGAUCCUGGAGACGCUGACCCCAGGGUGGUGGAGACAGGUGGCAUAGGCCCAGACUCUCUUCAGGAGGCUCAGGAGCUGAAGAAACUGGCAAGACCCCAGAGUCCCAGGUACCAAGGUCACCUUCCCACCCCCGUCCUGCCCCCUGGAGUCUGCCAGCCCACGUCUGCUGCACCAGCUGCCUACAGUUCCCACCCGCUACUGGGGGUCCGCCUAAUCUCCCAUCUGUGGCCACUGGGCUGGGACAUCGCCUGACAGGCGGUCCUGGCACGGCGCCUGCAUCAUUGGGUCGGUGUUUACAAGCUGGUGCCCGGGCAGCCCUCGCCAGUGACUCCAGCUAGAACCAGUCAGGCCCGGUGACGGUGUGGGUGAGGCUGGGGGGACAGCCGCACCCCUCACCCUGCCUCAGGGCAAGGAAGCCGGCAGUGGGCCAGCUGGGCGGGCAACAGCACCGUGGGGGCGGGCGGGGGCCGCGGGCAGCGUGAGCACUGGCACACCUGAGCCGGCUCUCACUGCCUGCCCGCCCCCCAUGGCCCCCCUCACCCCGCCCUCCCCAUCUCCCUCUUUCUCUCCCUACUGGCAGGCAAAUGAGAGCACUCGCUUUGCAGACAAGCUGAGCCGUGCUGCCAGUGUCUAGCAAGUGGCUUCAGGCAACCCACUCUCCUUCUCUAAGCCCUCAGUUUCCUCAUCUUACAAAUGGGGAUACUGAUGCCUACCUAGCUCCUAGGGCAGUCCCGAGGAGUAAAGAAGCCAAUAAUCUUCCUACCUCUCGUCUUGUCCCCUCUAGUCUGUCCUCACAUUCUGGUGAUACUCUGCCCUGUUGGAAACCUUCAUUGGCUGACCCUGCCCACAGGAUAAAAUUCAAACUUCUGGCCUGGCAUUCAAGACCCUGGGUGACUUGAUCCUGUGCCUGCCUUUUUUUCCAGACCUGUCUCCCACUGUCCAUCUGGAACCUGCACUUCCACAGCAAACUGCUUGCCGCUUGGCCCGUGUUCCACACUUGCUUCUGCAUGUGCUGUCCCUCUGCCUACACUACUACAACCUCCAGGUAAGCUCUUCACCUACCUCCAGACCCUCCCUGCACCCUGGCCCAGACCCCCGCAGGGAGACUGGAGGGCCUGCGCUCAGGCUGCCACUGUGUUGGCCACCUAGCUCCAACUAGGACAGGAGAAGAGCCUCACCAUGAAGAUCCAAGAGACAGAUGUUCUCAGGGUUAGGUCAGCAGGGCUGUUGGCCAGUGCUAUCUUCAGGCCCCCUUCAGGGCCUGCCCACUACUGACCCAUCAGAGGUCCUGGCUUCAGAGGUCCUCACCAUGGCCAGGGCCCAGUCUGCCCCAAAAAGCCCUCACUGGUCCCUGGUCGGCCCCCUUCCUUGGCUCUCAGCCCUGCUCCUAACCUCUUUGGGCCAGGGCAGGGCUGACCCAGGAAUCCCAAGCCCACUCUAUUUCCAGGGGUCACCAGCUUGUCCCACAGCCUGAUGGGAAGCAGAAAGUGGGUGGGGUUGAAGAUGAUGGGCCACGGCACUGGUUCUAGACCUGGGAACCUGGGGACACAGGGACCUGGCUAUGCCUGGCUGGGUUGCUCCCCACACCGUGCUCAGGUGCCUGUCCUUGCUGGUGACAGUCCACGUGGGGUGAGUCUGAGAGCUAUGGCCUGGGUGGUGGCCAGUAACCCUCCUGGAUGCAGGGGGAGUGGCCAUUCAGGAGCCCGCUCUGACAGGCCAAGCUGCGGAGCACCAGCCGCUCCUGCUGAUUUGAUCUGGGCCCAAGGGAUGGAGAACCUGUUUCAUGAAGUCUUGCACCAGUCACGGGAGCCAGAGAGUGAGCAGAUAAGCCCCUGGGAGAGGAGCCUGGAGCAGCUGUGUCCUGUCCCAGCACCCCACAUAAAUCAUCAGCCCACCGUGCCCAUGGCCCCGCCCACCUACUUCACCACCACUGGGCCCAGG